UUAGCAUCCCAAAUUCAAUAUCUCAAAAUAAAUCUGUAUGAAAAUGGGUAUUUUACUCUGUUUCAUCUUCCUCUUCUUCUCAUCUGCUUCUGCUGCCUGUAAUCAAUGUGCCUUAUCCAAAGCUUCUUUCUUUUCUAGCAAUAAUGGUCUUUCAGCUGGAGCAUGUGGGUAUGGUUCCAUAGCUUUGGACUACUAUGGUGGACAUGUUGCUGCUGCUCUUCCUUCUAUUUACUCCAAUGGUGAAAAAUGUGGUGCUUGCUUUCAGAUGAGAUGCAAGAACAGUGCUAUUUGCACUACCAAAGGUACAACAAUAGUUGUGACUGAUGUUCACACUGAUAAGAGCAACACAACUGAUUUUGUGCUAAGUAAUAGAGCUUUUAGGGCUAUGGCCUUGCCCGGUAAGGACACACAACUCUUACGUGUUGGGAUCGCAGAUGUCGAAUAUAAAAGGGUACCCUGUGUUUACAAAGGUAAAAACUUAGCCAUCCAAGUGGAAAAAUUCAGCAAAUUUCCCAACUUUUUGGCUGUCAAAGUCCUCUACCAAGGUGGUCAAACCUCUAUCUUAGGUGGUGAUGUAGCCUCGGUUGAUCACCCAAGUAAUUGGGUAUCACUGAGCCGAAAUUAUGGGGCAGUCUUUGACACAAAUAACGCUCCAAGCGGGAAGCUGAUGCUUAGAUUUAUCAUCAACUCCGGUUUCGAUGCACAAUUUGUCUAUGUUAAUGAAGCCUUGCCGGCAAACUGGAAGCCUGGUGUCAUAUACAAUACUAGUGUGCAAAUUAAUAAUGUUGCCUUAACUGGUUGCGCUCCUUGUACAACCUGGAAAUAAAAUUGUGCACACUCCUUUGAGUAGUGUUAGUGUGUCUGGAUGAUUAAUUCGUGUGUUUUACCAUAGUUCAUAAUUGUAGCAAAAAAGCCCAAGGCGCAAGCUAAGCUAGCUAGGCUGGUUCGGCUUCAUGUAAUAGCUUGGUUAUCUGAUUUUGUAUGUCUUUCAAUGUAUCAUGAAAAUCAUUUUACUCUA